AUGGCGGCUGCGGCGGCUGCGGCAGAUCCCUGGCAGGUAGCGGCGCCGCGGAAAAGGCGGUCGGCUGCGCGGCGGAGUGGACGCAGAGUUGCAGUCGCCCGGGGACCGGCGGCGCAACCCGAGACCGACCUUGAGACCGUAUUUCGUCGCCUUCGGGAGGCCGGGGAGGACCUGCGCAUCUCUGAUUUCUGGAGUUCAGCACUAGAAACCAUCAACAGGUGUCUUACAAAACAUCGGGAGCAGCUGCAGGCCCCUGCAGGCACGAUAUCACAAGCCCUGGGAAACCUGCACCUCGACGACUCUUCACCAGAUGCCUCAGCCGGCGCCCAGGACUGCAGCCCGGGGGAGUUGCUGGUCACGGCAGCCCACCAUCUGAAGUGCGUGUGUUAUGGCAUUGGGAACUUUGCCACCUGCGUCAUAGCUAGAAACCAGCUAGCAUUUUUGCUGCUCUUCCUGGAAAAGAGCCAGAUUCCCAGAAGUCACUGCUGCGUGUAUGACCCUUUGUUUAGCCAACUUGAAGUUGCAGUUCUUCAUGCCCUGGGUGUGACUGUGCUCAGUGAGAAUGAGGAAGGGAAGCGGAGUCUCUGUGGUGAGCCCACCAUCUUUUACAUGCUUCACUGUGGGACGGCUCUGUACAACAACCUUCUGUGGAGUAACUGGUCAGUGGACGCCCUGUCCAAGCUGGUCAUCAUCGGAAACAGUUUCCGAGGACUUGAGGAAAGGUUGUUGACAAGGAUUCUACAGAAAGAUUAUCCCUAUGUUGCAAAGGUUAGCCAUGGUCUGGAGGAAUUUCCAUUUACUCAGACACCCCAAUACAUGGAUGUGUUCAACGACACCUCUGUCCACUGGUUCCCAGCACAAAAGCUGAAACAACUCUCAGAGGACACAUGGUCCUUCCGGGCAGAACCAGACUAUCAGGACUGUGAGAACCUGGAAAUCAUCAGGAACCAGACAAAAGACCCUUCAGCUGCUGACUUGAACUCAUAA